AGUUCCUCUCUAGAAAAAACCAGCACUAGCAAGAGAUGAGUUUCAAUACUAGCACAAGUGGGGGUGAAAAUGGUAAUGAUGGUGGAGGUGGUGAUAGUUUAUAUUCAAAGAAAUUGAAGAGGCAAAAGAUCCCAAAGAGAGGACCAGGCGUGGCAGAGUUAGAGAAGAUCUUGAGAGAUCAGGAGAGAAAAGAUGAUAAUUUGGGUGGUGGUUCAUCUUUGAUUUCUUCUUCCUCCAAAAAUGCUGUUCCUUUCAGUGUUGAUCAUGAUCAAUUCAUCAUCCCAUCUUACGGCAGGAAUGUUAGAGGUAGCUCAUCGUCAUUAGGAAUCACUAAUCAUCUCGGUGAAGGGAAUGGGGGUGUCCAUGGUAGGAGAUCAGGAAUUUUUUUACCUCAAAAUGCCUCGUCACCAGCAAUGUGGAGUUCUCAUGAGAUCAACAGUACUGAUUUUAUCGGAACUGAUAGUGAAGGUACCAAUUUCGCAUCAUCUGGGUUUGCAUUUCCUACCCGGAUUACAGAUGGAUCCAGUUCAAUCAUUCCUUCACCUGUUAUACCACAGAAGCACAUGCAAUAUAUACCUGCAAUGAUAAAUCCUUUUGGGCAAUCAGGGUUAUCCUCUUCACUCCCAUCGGCAGUAGCGGGAGCUAAUUACCAUCAUAUUGAGCCCCCUUCAAACCAAAUAUCAUGUUGUCAAUAUUCAAAUGCUUGGCCAGAGCAAGAGAAGGCAUGAACAGAUCCCUUACUUAUAUGGUGUUUCUUUCCUUUGAA